AUGGGAUCAAUGGUAAAUACAGUAUCUCAGUUGGGAUUGAUGAGUUCAGCAAUGAGAUGGGAUUCUGUAGGUGGGGUUAGAAUUAGGACUAAUUGGAUGAGAGCUUAUGGGUAUUCUUCUGCUGGGGUGAAGAGAAAAUUUGGGUUUUUGAGGGAUUCUAGGAAGAGGAUUGCAGCAUCUUGUUUUGAGGGAAAUAAGGAAGGAAACAGUGUCCCUAAUAAAUUAGAAUUAGAGCCUUUGUGGAAUGAUGAAUAUGGCACUCAAACUGUGCAGGACUAUGUUGAGAUUGCGAAAGAGAUGAUUCUUAGGCCAGAUGGUGGACCACCAAGGUGGUUUUGCCCCAUUGAAUGUGGAUGUCCCCUGAAGGAUUCACCUGUUCUUCUGUAUUUGCCUGGAAUUGAUGGACUUGGCUUGGGUCUCAUUUUGCAUCAUAAGGCACUGGGGAGGGCUUUUGAAGUCCGGUGCAUGCACAUCCCAGUUAACGAUCGGACUCCAAUCGAAGGACUCGUGAGCUUUGUUGAGAAUGCUGUUAGGCUUGAGAAUAAAUCUUCUGGUAGGAAGCCAAUAUAUAUAGUUGGUGACUCUUUUGGGGGAUGCAUUGCACUGUCAGCUGCUGCUCGUAUUCCUACAAUUGACCUGGUUGUAAUAUUAAUUAAUCCAGCAACAUCUUAUAACCGAUCAAAACUUCAAUACUUGCCACCCUUGUUGGAGGCUGUACCAGAUCAAGUCCAGACAUUUAUGCCUUAUCUUUAUGGCCUCACUUCUGGUAACCCAUUUAAGAUGGCAGUGGUAAAUACAACUGGGAGCUCUCCUACAUUAAUAAUGGAGCAGGUUUUUAGCAAGCUGACGGCCAUUCUACCUCAUCUUUCCGACCUGGCUGAUAUUAUCAGCAUGGAUUUUUACGUAUGGAAGCUGAAGCUGCUUAAAGCUGCUGCUGCCAAGGCAAAUUCCCAUCUCCAUGCCGUCAAAGCUGAAGUUCUUAUUAUGGCAAGUGGCAGGGAUUAUAUGUUUCCGAGUGGAGAAGAAGCAGGAAGACUCGUAAAUUCUUUACAAAAUUGCAAAAUGCGAUACUUCAAGGACAAUGGCCAUGCCCUUCUAAUGGAAGAUGGUUUUAGUCUGCUGACAAUCAUUAAAGGAUCAGGAACUUACCGGCGCAAGAACAAGCUUGACAUUGUCUCAGAUUUUCUGCCUCCAAGUUUGUCCGAAUUCAAGAUUUGCUUUGAUAAAAAUCUUGGAUUCUUUCACUUUGCUGUCAGUCCGGUGACAUACUCGACUCUGCAUGACGGAAGCAUUGUUAGGGGUCUUAGUGGAGUCCCACACCAAGGACCAGUUCUGCUUGUUGGAUAUCACAUGUUCUUCGGGCUGGAAAUUAGUUCAUUAGUUGAAGCAUUCUUGAAGGAGAAAAACAUUGUAGUUCGUGGUAUGACACACCCUGAGAUGUUCACUGAAAAUUUCCGGUCAAUCAACGAACAUGUGCUUCUCUAUCCUGGUGGUGUACGUGAGGCUUUACAUCGAAAGGAUGAACACUAUAAACUAUUUUGGCCUCAGCGACCUGAAUUCGUGAGAAUGGCCAUAAGGUUUGGGGUUACAAUUGUACCUUUUGGAGUUGUUGGCGCUGAUGAUCUUAUGGGGAUAUGCUUGGACUACGAUGAGCAGAUGAAAAUUCCAAGUCUCCGUGAGAAAAUAAGACUGCAGAACCUAAAGACCAAAAAGCUAAUGAAUCGAACAGUACUAGAGGGUGAAGAGAUCUCCAAGCAGGAUUUCUACGUCCCAGGCUUCUAUCUGAAGAAACCAGGACGAUUUUACUUUCUGUUCGGGAAGCCAAUUGAAACAAGGGGCUUCAUGGAAAGUUGGAAGGAUGAGGAAUUGGCAAUGACGUUAUACCUGAAGAUAAAGUCUGCAGUUGAACAAAAUAUGUCAUAUUUACUUGAGAAGCGAAAGCAGGAUCCUUACAGGGAUAUCUUCGCAAGAGCAGCAUACCGCGCCAUUUCAAACUCUUCCAGUGAUAUUCCCUCCUUCGAGCCAUAAAGAAAAAUCACGAAGGGCGAUUUCAUGACACGGUGGAAAUGACGAGAAAGUUUUAUGAAGGUUGUUGAUUUAUGUAGUCAUCACUCAUCAGUGCAUGGUGCUUAAAACAUCUUGUAGUUAAGCCUUCUCCUAAUUACUCUGUUCGUGAGAUGAAAUUUAUCCGUUUUAAAUCAUCUAAUGAUGUUAUAUUUGGUGAUAUAAACUCGAAUGCAUUAAUCUCCAUGUAAUAAAAUUACGUCAUUGAGCACAGACCUUUAGAGUGUAUUGUUUUAGUUCAACAAAUAUGACUCCCGUUCGGGUUAUAAUUUCAAAGCUUGAAGCUCUCAUAACCCCAAAGUCAGUGAAGCUAGUCCAAAAGCAGAAAAGCCA